AUGUGGGCUAAUGAAGACGGGCAACGCCAUGCAGGGAUGUCCAAGAAAUAUAUGUCCCGUCCACCAUAUUGUUUUGGUGAAAUCCCGGACUACACUAUACCGCCCAUGACGGUCGAAGAGUACCAAUACUAUGAGAGGGAAUUCUUUGGAUUUCUAGACGACAAACCAGUUGAUAAACAAGUAGAAGCUGAGCCUGGAUUUGUCCAGAGAUUCCUUCAGCUUAUUGGUAUUUCAAAGGUCGCCAAGUAUGAAGAUGAAGUAUCAGAGAUUAAGUUCAAUGUUCAUCAUGUAAUGGGGAAUAACGAACCUUCCAACUCUAGACUAAGUGGAACGGCUGAUUGUCUGAACGGUGGAGCUUCUGCUAACGUUGUAAGAGUUCAAACAGAAAAGUGUAAAAGAGGGUUUUUAAAAUCUUGCAGACGAUUCAUUCGAAGAUCUUUUAAGUGCCUCAAGACUGCUGAAGAAUAA